AUGACAUCGAGUCCACGGCGUCAAUCGUCUACGCUGCUGCCCGCAGAGGCCUACUCAACUGACGACGACUCGGACUACUUGCCAUGGCAGAUCGCUUUCCGCGUGAAGUUCCCCAGCGAUAAACUGGGGCUGCGAUUCCAUCCCGCUCAAUUUCCAGACACGGGCAAUGGCAUCUACAACAUUCGUCUAUUGGAGCUCACCAAGGGACCCGAUGGCAAUGGACCAGCUUACAAUUACAACAAGCAUCUCCAGCCUGGGCAACAACACUUAACGCUGCGUCCGGGACUGUACUUGACCCACAUCAACGAAACUCAUCUGGUUGAAGUGCCUUGCGACGAGAUUAUCGAGAGUCUGCAGACUACACCUCGACCCAUUACCUUGAGGUUUGUCGACGUAGAGGCAGGUGUCGUUACGCGCCACGAGCUGCGCGACUCGUUGCAGUUGGAUGGUGAGGCGCUAUCUGCUGCUAUCGCGCAAAUGCCGAGCUCCGCGCAGUCCCCUCCACGACGUCAGAGUUCUUCGCCCAGGAAGCUUGGAGCGGGUCAGAACGCCAUGUACAAGAUUAUCCUCCUGGGAACCGCAGGCGUGGGCAAGAGCAGCUUGUUGGCAGUGACAGCGAAUGGUGACGACGCAUACAUGGACCGCCGUCCACCGACAUUGGAGGCCGAGUUCGGCAGCAUCGAGUUCCCCGACCCGAGCAACCCCAGCACGCUCAUGCAAGCUCGAAUCUGGGAUACUGCCGGCCAAGAGCGCUUCCGAGCCAUCACCCGCUCUCACUACCGCCGUGCCGACGGUGCUCUGCUGGUCUACGACGUGAGUGACGCCACUAGUUUCGACCGUCUCGGCGAGUGGCUCCACACCUUGCGCGAGACUGCAGGUGACUCUCUCACUGCCUCAAUGGUGCUCGAGAACAAAGUGGACAAGCUGCCCUUACCUCCCAAACCUUCCAGACCCAAAGGGUACGCGCAGCCCGACCAAGUCCAGGCCUUCUGUGAGGCGGAGAACCUCUUGUUCACUCGCACGACGGCGAAGCUCAACGCUCGAGCGUUGGAAUGGGACGGCGCGACGAAAGUCUUCGACGCAGUGAAGCAGCUCGUGCUCAGCAUCCACAAGGCCCGCACUCGAGUGCUCUCCCCCUCCAAGACGCAAGACGCCGGCACAAGCACAGACCCGGUUGUGCUGGCCAACACCAUGACCAAAAAGACCAAAACGACGGGAGACUGCGGAGGCUGCAGCUCGCACUAG